GUUAUCUUCUUCUCUCUCUUUCCGUCCAACUUAAAAAUCAUUUCCAGACCCCGAAAACCCUAACCCUAAUGGCCACCGUCGGCUUCGGCCUAAUCUCAUCCUUCAAAGGACUCACUCUCUCCUCUCCAUCCUCCUCCUCCUCCUCCUCGUACCUCAGCGGCGAGCUCGGCCGGAUCCAAAUCGGCCAACCGGCGUCGGUCUCGUUUCCUAUGGAUUUGCCCCUUACGAUCGAAUCUGCUCACAAGAAAGGAGCGGGGAGCACGAAGAACGGUCGAGAUUCGAGGGGGAAGAGGCUCGGAGUGAAGAUCUACGGCGAUCAAGCCGCUCAGCCUGGCGCUAUUAUUGUCAGACAGCGGGGUACCAAGUUCCAUCCUGGAAAUAAUGUUGGCCUGGGCAAGGACCACACUAUCUUCUCACUGAUUGAUGGCCUGGUGAAGUUUGAGAAGUACGGACCAGAUAGGAAAAAGAUUAGUGUUUACCCUCGUGUUGAACAGCCGGAGAACCCCAACAGUUUCAAAGCCAGGAGAAGGGAAUACUUCCGGCUUCAGCGCGAGCGCAAGAAAGCAAGGCAGGAAGGAACUCUCCCUCCUCAGCUAGUAUUGGCUUCAGCUGAGGGCGAUUCAGAAGCCAAUCCUGUUUGCUGAUAGAUUGUCAUUGUAAAUUUUUCAUUGCAAGGUACUACGGGCUUCUUUCUAUUGUAUGUUAUUCCUUUGCCAAAGUCAGAACGUGCAAUGUCAUUAUGAGCAGGCUCCUUAUUCUGCUAUUGUUGGUUUCACGCCUCUUUUUCACCACUGAACUUCAUAUAGCAUUUUGUAUAGAAUUAAUCAAGUAUAACAAAUGAAUCAAA